CGCAGUCCGGGCCCUUAGGGCCCGAGGCGGCGCGGGAGCGGGCUGCAGGGUGCCGUGGGCAGGCUGCGAGCUGCGCGCGAGGCAUUGGAGACGUCUGUUGGUAAGGUAAAGGUGACCACGAAAUCAUGGAUAAUGCAAGCACUUUACUCGAUGUUAAAGAGUACCCCGAUACCGAGGUACAGAAAAACCGAGUACUGACUCUGGAAGAAUGGCAAGAGAAGUGGGUGGACCACAAAAUUGCGUUUCAUCAAGAACAAGGACAUCAGUUAUUAAAGAAGCAUUUGGAUACUUUCCUCAAAGGCGAGAAUGAUCUGAGAGUAUUUUUUCCUCUUUGUGGAAAAGCAGUCGAGAUGAAAUGGUUUGCAGACCGAGGACACCGUGUAGUAGGUGUGGAAAUCAGUGAGCUUGCGAUUCGGGAAUUUUUUACAGAGCAGAAUCUUUCUUACUCAGAAGAGUGCAUCACAGAAACUCCUGGAGCCAAAGUAUUCAAGAGUUCUUCAGGGAACAUUUCAUUGUACUGUUGCAACCUUUUUGAUCUUCCCAGAGUGAACAUUGGCAAAUUCGACAGGAUCUGGGAUAGAGGGGCGUUAGUUGCUAUUAACCCAGGCGAUCGUAAACGCUAUGCAGAUUUAAUGCUGUCCCUAACAAGGAAAGGGUUUCACUACCUCUUGGCCGUUCUUUCUUAUGAUCCCACUAAACAUCCAGGCCCACCAUUUUAUGUUCCAGAUGCUGAAAUUGAAAAAUUGUUUGGUUCAACAUGCAACAUUCAUUGUCUUGAGAAGGUUGACGUUUUUGAGGAACAGCAUCAAAGUUGGGGAAUUGACUACCUUGUUGAAAAGCUGUAUCUACUCACGGAAAAGUAAACCAGCCCAGUAAAACCAAGUAGUAUCAACAUGUUUUUGAGCAUUUGACAGUUAUGCUAAAGCCUGAAAAUAUACUAGAUGACUCUUGAAAAAAACGUUGUUCACAAAUCACAUUAACAGAUCUUUGCUCAGAAGUAUGUAUAACUUUUUAGAAAAAACACAUUUAAAUUAGCUGGUAAAGUAGCUACAAGGGUGAGUGUGAUAGUGGGUGGUGAAAGAAUACGCCUGUUUUACGUAGAGAUUGCAAGAAUUUUAUACAAUCAGUGUGUCUUGUAUAAUUUUAAAAAUUAAAAAUUUUAAAGGGGCAUCUCCUUGUUCAGUCGGGAGAGCACAUACCACUUGACCUUGGGGUUGUAAAUGUGAGUGCCACGUUGGGUGUAGAGAUUACUUAAAAGUAAAAUCUUUAACAAAUAAA